AGCCUGUCGAACUUCUUCUGCAUAGCUUGUGCAGCUGUUGUCAUCCUAGGCAGAACCUGCAGUUUCUUGCAGUUCACUUACUCCAACUUCAACGGAAGCAACAGGGGUGAUUUCGGCUUCAGCCCUGGCUCAGCAAUCUCCAACAACUCCCUGCAGAUCACGCCGAACGCCGGCAACAUGACCCACCGGUCGGGGAGAGUGGUGUACGCCAAGGAGACCCUCAAGUUGUGGAACAGCAAGCGCACCACGCUCGCCUCCUUCAGGACAGAUUUCAUGCUCAGCAUCCUCCCGCAGAACGGGACUGGAGAAGGUAUGGCCUUUCUGCUCACCAAUAAUCCAACGUUGCCCAGCAACAGCAGCGGCCAGUGGCUGGGCGCGUGCAACAACCAGACAGAUGGCGCGAAGACGAACCGAGUAGUAGCCGUGGAAUUCGACAUGAGGAAGAGCAACGAAGAUGACCUUGAUGGCAACCAUGUCGACAUCGACAUCAACAGCAUCAAAUCUUUUCGGCAAUACCCGCUUAAUAAUCUCUCCAUCUUCCUCUCAACUGGGUCAGAUGUAUGGGUCAGUAUCAGGUAUCACGGCACGUUACAGUUGCUUCAAAUAUUUCUGGUCCAGUAUAGCAUCCGUGGGCGGCAUCUUUUCCAGGGAGAUACGUACAUUGAUCUGUCACAAGUUCUGCAGGACGACGUAUAUCUGGGGUUCGCAUGUUCCAUGGGCGACACCACACAACUGAACCAGAUAAAGUCCUGGAACUUCACCACAGUAGACAUCGAUGUCAAAGUUAGAAGAGGGCAUUGCAGAAAGGUGCUUUUGGCUCUCGUUACAUUGCUUGUGUUUUCUAUAUGUUUGUUUGCUGGGCUGUUCAUGUGGAGAAGGCUGACGCGGCGGAGAAGGCUCGCAUACCGCAACCUGGAGAAGAUGAUUGACGCACAUGGUCCGGUCAAAUUUAAGCUAAGGGAGCUCAGGCGUGCGACUACCAACUUCAGUCCUACCCGCAAGCUCGGCAGAGGAGGCUUUGGCACCGUUUACCUUGGAUACGUCGAUGGGAUGAACUCGGAGGUGGCCGUCAAGCGGGUGUCGACGGACAAGCAGGAAGACACCAACCGGGGAGAGAAGGAGUUCGUGGCGGAGGUGAACACGAUCAGCAAGCUGCCGCACCGGAACCUUGUGAAGCUGAUCGGCUGGUGCCACAAGAAGGGCGACCUACUCCUCGUCUACGAGUACUUCCCCAUGGGCAGCCUGGACAAGCUCCUUUACGCCAGAGAAAGGACCGCGUUGUUGUCGUCACGGAUGACCACCCAAAAGCUUACCUGGGAACGGCGGUACAGGAUCAUCUGCGGCGUAGCAUCGGCGCUGGACUACCUGCACCACG